AGUUCCGGGAGAGGCUGGAGCUCAUAACCCAGAAGUUCCAGGGGUUGCAGAGUGCGGCAGAAUGCGGUGCGCUCCAGGCGGAUGUCUACCGGGGACUGAAAGCGGCCAGCACAGGCUGGGGACACCUGGGGCCAGAGUAGGGUGCCUGGGAUGAGAGGAAAAGUUCCUGGCUUAGAGCCAAGCACGGUGGCGCACACACCUGAAAUCCCAGAACUCGGAGGAAGAAGAAGGUAAAGGGCAGAACUAGUUCAAGGCCAAUCCGAUCUACACAAUAAGACCUUAUCUCAUCCUCCGCCCCCAGAGCAAACCAAAGUUCCUCCACCUGUCUUUUCCCACACCGCAAAUCAUAGGCCUCCUGCCAUCAUGUCAGGCUUGCAAGACAAGUGGCUUUAUCUGCGGAACCAUCUUGCUAACCCAAGGAAGGAAGCCUUUCUUAACCAACUCUCCGCCCCCUUCUGUCUGGAAGAGUCUAGUGGUGCCUUUGAACCACCACUGUUGCAUGCUUGACCUCGGUUAUAAUUUUGCUCACAAUUCAUAUUCAGACACUGAAGCCCUGACAAUGUCUGCAUUCUGGAGUCUCCUGUCUCCGUGUUCAGACCGUAGUGUCACUUUAGCGUCUGGCACCGAUGCUACUACACCUGGGACUCGCACGACCUCGCCUAGCUGGUGGGGCGGACACAGGCAGACGAGCCCGGCCGCUAGCGGCUGCCCGCGCAUGCUCUAUGCUGCGCGCUCGGCUCCUGAACCGCAGCUCCCGCGGCCCCGCCCACUGAGCGGUUGGAAUUUGAAUCUCCGGCGCGACGCUGCGGGAAGAGUAAAACCCUGGGUCAAACAUGGAGAGUUCGGGAUCCGCCGCGUGCUGCCCGGUGCUACAGCAGCGUGCUCGUUGGGAACGGAAACGUGUCUGCACCGCUCGGGAGCUGCUGGAGACCGAGCGACGCUACCAGGAACAACUGGGGCUGGUGGCCACGUACUUCCUGCGGAUCCUGAAAGCCAAAGGAACACUACGACCACCAGAACUCCAGACCCUGUUUGGGACCUGGGAGCUCAUCUAUGCCGCCAGCCUAGAGCUGCUUCCCUAUCUGGAAGAAGGGCAGUGGGGACUGGGGCUACAGGGCUUCUGCCCCCACCUGGAGCUCUACGCCCAAUUUGCUGCCAACGCAGAGAGAUCUCAGACUACCCUUCAGGCGCAGCUGAAGAAGAAUAAGCGUUUUCGGAGGUUCGUGAAGCUUCAGGAAGGUCGCCCUGAAUUUAGGGGUCUUCAGCUCCAGGACCUGCUCCCUCUGCCUCUGCAGCGGCUCCAACAGUACGAGAAUCUUGUCGUGGCUUUGGCUGAGAACACAGUUCCCAACAGCCCUGACUACCAGCAGCUCACACGGGCUGCUCGCCUGGUAAGUGAGACGGCCCAGAAGGUCCACGCCAUCGGCCAGAGUCAGAAGAAUGAUCAGCAUCUGCUGCGUGUCCAGGCUCUACUCAGUGGGCGCAAGGCAAAAGGGCUGACUUCAGGCCGCUGGUUCCUACGGCAGGGCUGGCUUUUAGUGGUGCCUCCCACUGGGGAGCCUCGGCCCCGGAUGUUCUUCCUUUUCUCCGACGUGCUCCUCAUGGCCAAGCCUCGGCCCCCACUGCACCUGCUGAAGAGUGGCACCUUUGUCUGCAGAGCCCUGUACCCUAUGUCCCAGUGUCACCUUAGCAGGGUCUUUGGCCAUUCGGGAGGACCUUGUGGUGGUUUGCUCAGUCUGUCCUUUCCCCAUGAGAAGCUACUGCUUAUGUCUACUGACCAGGAGGAGCUGUCACAGUGGCACCACAGCCUGACUCUGGCUAUCAGAAGCCAGAAGAGCUCGACCCACAGAAGUGUCACUGCAACAUGACAUUGUCAUCUACAAACAUGCUGGGGCCAUAUUCACAGCUAUCCUGGGAUACACAUGGCAGCUGGGUGUGCCUAUGAAGAAUCUUACAAAUUCCAGAACUCGGAUACUCAGGAAUAGGGCAGAGCCACGAACAAAAGGGAAUGUACUUCGAUUGAGCCUCAGUGGAACAAGUCCCUUUAACGCCCUGCCACUGGGGGGCCUGAAAAGCCCCUGCUGUCUGUGGCCAGCGGUUAAUCCCAUUUGCAGCUUUGAAAAGGAGUCCAUUUUGUUGUUAUUGCCUAUGGUUUCCUGAUUUAUUCUUGAGAAAGGAUCUUACCCAGGCUGACCAUGAAUUUGAAUUCCUUCUGCCUCAGUCUCUCAGGUGUUGGGUUAUAGGUGUGUGCUGCCACACCUGGCUAUUGUAUAUAGUUUGUUUUCUUGAGACAAGGUUUCAUGCAGUCCAGGGUGGCCUUGAACUCCAGAUCCUCCUGAACUACCUCCUAUGUUCUAUAAUUUAUUUCCCCACUGGAUCUUAAUAAAGGGUUGUUUUUGCAAAA